CUGGGGCCUUGGACCUUGGGCAGACCACUCCAGGCUGCUGGUUGGGGCUCUUCCUUCCAGUUAGGCCAUUUCCCACAGCAGUGGACACUUCCUGGGUGCCAAGUACUUGGAGUCAAUUCAUUUCACCCUCACAACAGCCUGUGAGGUGGGGCCAGCACUGUCUCUGGCUGGUGAGACUGCAUUCAGGGAGAACAGACAUCUUGCUCAAGGGCCCCCAGACUCCACAGCCCAGUGCUCUUAGGUACUGCACUGCCCAUGUCUCAGCCUGCGGCUCCUGUUCUCUCUGCUGUGCUUGGCUGACCCUGUGCGGGGCUCCGCGAUCCCAGGGAGGAGUAGGUGCACACAUGCUGCUGGGUGUUACUGUGGAGCUCUAACAUGCAGAGCCCCUGUGUGUGCCAGUUGCUGUGUGUGCCACAGCUAUGGACCAGCCAGACGCUGACCUGCCCUCCAGAGGGGGUGCUCAGUCUGGGGGAGACCUCAGACCAGGCCCCCAUGGCGGGCACUGCGGCAGAAGGUGGGCAGCCUCGCCGGGUGAGCAUGCAGGAGCACAUGGCCAUCGACGUGAGCCCGGGCCCCAUCCGGCCCAUCCACCUCAUCUCCCACUACUUCCCCCACUUCUACCCUUUUGCGGAGCCCGUCCUGCACCCUUCGGACCCUCGUGCCGCAGCGGUGUCUGCCAUUCGCUCUACACCCCAGCCACAGCCCGACCCAGAGCCAGAGGGAGACUCAGACGACAGCACUGCCCUGGGCAUCCUGGAGUUCACACUUCUUUUUGAUGCGGACAACAGUGCCCUGCACUGCACAGCUCAUCGUGCCAAGGGCCUCAAGCCAUUGGCCUCAGGCUCCAUGGACACCUAUGUCAAAGCCAAUCUGCUGCCAGGGGCCAGCAAGGCUGGCCAGCUUCAGACACGCACCGUUCAGGCCACGAAAGUACCUGUCUGGGAGGAGAUACUCACCUAUCACGGCUUCUCCUGCCAGGAUGCUGCACAAAAGACCCUUAGGCUAUGUGUGUGUGAGGACCCAUGGUUGCGGCGACGGCGGCGGUCACCCCCCCUGGGGGAGCUGCGGGUACCCCUGAGGAAGCUGGUGCCCAACCAAGCCAGGAGCUUCAACAUCUGUCUGGAGAAGUGGAGGCUGACCAAGAGGCCCAAGAGCCUGGACACAGCCCGCGGCAUGUCCCUCUAUCAGGAGGAGGUGGAGACAGAGGUGGCCAGGGAGGAACGUGGGCGCGUCCUGCUGUCGCUGUGCUACAGCUCUCAGCGGGGCGGCCUGCUGGUGGGUGUGCUGCGCUGUGCCCACCUAGCCCCCAUGGAUGCCAACGGUUACUCAGACCCCUUCGUGCGCCUUUUCCUGCAUCCAAAUACAGGGAAGAAAUCUAAAUUCAAGACCAGUGUUUGCAGGAAGACCCUGAACCCAGAGUUCAAUGAGGAAUUCUUCUACUCAGGCCCACGGGAAGAGCUGGCCCAGAAGACGCUACCGGUGUCUGUGUGGGACUAUGACCUGGACACAGCUGACGACUUCAUUGGCGGUGUGCAGCUGGGCAGUCAUGCCAGUGGGGAGUGCCUGCGGCACUGGCUUGAGUGCCUGGGCCACAGCGACCACCGCCUGGAGCUGUGGCACCUGCUGGACAGCAGGCCUGUCCAGCUCAGCGACUAGCCCAUGGGCCCUGCCUACCGCCCUCCACUACGGCUGCCUGAAACAUCCCCACAAAAAUGGUGGAGCCUGGUGCUGCCUCGCCCACCAUGCCCAACCUCCAGUCAGAGGGUGUUUCCUUUCUCCCCGCUUUCACAUUCACCUCACUCUAAUCAUGGAGCCGAAAUAAACAUCUCCUUCAAGCCA